AUGGCGGGCAGGCAGCGGCCGAGCCGCCGGCGAGCCGCCGGGCGAGUGCUGCUGCUGCCCGCUCUGGUGCUGGGCUUGUGCUGCCGGGCGGCGCCGGAGCGGCUCCGCUACGCCAUCCCCGAGGAGCUGGGCAGAGGCUCGCUGGUGGGGCCGCUGGCGCGGGACCUGGGGCUGAGCCCGGCGGAGCUGCCGGCACGCAAGCUGCGGCUCAGCGCCGAGAAGCAAUACUUCGGCGUGAGCGGGGAGAGCGGGGAGCUGUACGUGAGCGAGCGGCUGGACCGGGAGGAGCUGUGCGGCGAGGCGGCGUCCUGCUCCGUCAGCUUCGAGGCGCUGGUGCAGAACCCGCUCAACGUGUUCCACGUCGAGGUGGCCAUCCGGGACGUCAACGACAACUCCCCGACCUUCAGCAAGGCGGCUCUCGACCUCGAGAUCAACGAGUUCACUUCUGUCGGCACUCGUUUUCCGCUGGAGGCGGCCCGGGACGCGGACGUGGGCAGCAACUCGCUGUUGACUUACCAGCUCACCAGCAACCCGUCCUUCACCCUGGCCGUGAAGGAGAGCCCGGGUGGAAAGAAGCAGCCGGAGUUAGUGCUGCAGAAAGCGCUGGACCGGGAGAAGCAGAGCUCCUUCCAGCUAGUGCUGACGGCGGCGGAUGGCGGCGACCCCGUGAGGUCCGGGACCGCCCAGAUCUGCAUCAACGUCACCGACGCCAACGACAACGCCCCCGUGUUCGCGCAGGACCGGUACCGCGCGAGCCUGCGGGAGGACGCGCCGCCCGGCUCCACGGUGCUGCACGUCUCCGCCUCCGACGCCGACGCCGGCACCAACGGCCGCGUCACGUACGGCUUCGGGGAAACGCCGGCCAAGGUGCUGCAGAAGUUCGUGGUGGAGGCGGAGAGCGGGACGGUGACGCUGCGGGAGGCGCUGGACUUCGAGGAGACGCGCGCGUUCAGCCUGGCUGUGGAGGCGAGGGACGGGGGCGGUCUGGUGGCGCACUGCGAAGUGGAGGUGGAGGUGCUGGACGUGAACGACAACGCGCCCGAAAUCGCGGUGCUGUCGGUGUGGAGCCCGGUGGGCGAGGACGCGCCGGUCGGCACGGUGGUGGCCGUCCUGAAGGCGAGCGACCCGGACUCCGGGGAGAACGGGCGGGUGUCGUGCGAGCUGUCGGGCGAGGCGCCGCUGUCGCUCGUGGCGUCGCCGGGCGGCUCGUACAAGGUGGUGACGGCGAGCGCGCUGGACCGGGAGCAGGCGGCCGAGCACCGCGUGACGGUGGUGGCCCGGGACCGGGGCAGCCCGUCGCUCUCGAGCCGCGCGGCGCUGGUGCUGGAGGUGUCGGACGUGAACGACAACGCGCCGGUGUUCGAGGAGGCCGCCUACAGCGCCUACGUGGCGGAGAACAACGCGGCGGGCGCGCCGGUGCUGCGCGUGCGCGCGCGGGACGCGGACGCGGGCGCCAACGGGCGCGUGAGCUACUGGCUGGCGGGCGGCAGCGCGGGCGCGGCGCCGCCCGUGUCGGUGGAGGCGCGGAGCGGCGCGGUGUACGCGCAGCGCUCCUUCGACUACGAGCAGUGCCGCGAGUUCGCGGUGGCGGUGCGGGCGCAGGACGGCGGGGCGCCGGCGCGGAGCUCGACGGCGACGGUGCGCGUCUUCGUGCUGGACCGCAACGACAACGCGCCGCGGGUGGUGGCGGUGGACGCGGACGCGGGGCGCAACGCGUGGCUGUCGUACGAGCUGGUGCAGGCGCCGGAGCCGGCGCUGUUCCGCGUGGGGCUGCACAGCGGCGAGGUGCGCACGGCGCGGGCCGUGUCGGAGCGGGACGCGGCGAAGCAGCGGCUGGUGGCCGUGGUGAAGGACCACGGGCAGCCGGCGCUGUCGGCCACGGCCACGCUGCACGUGGUGCUGGCCGAGAGCUUGCAGGAGGCGCUGCCGGAGCUGAGCGAGCGGGCGGCGGGCGCCGACUCGCCGGCGGAGCUGCAGUUCUACCUGGUGCUGGCGCUGGCGCUCCUCUCCGCCCUGUUCCUGCUGAGCGUGGCGCUGGCCGUGCUGGCGCGGGUGCGCCGGGCCGGGCCGCCCGCCGUCCUGCGCUGCCUGGGCGCGCAGCGCUUCUCCGCGGCCGGCGCCGCCUUCCCGGCCGACUUCUGCGAGGGCACCUUGCCCUACUCCUACAACCUGUGCGUGGCGCCGGGCCGCGCCGUGGCCGAGGGCGCUUGGCCGCCGCCGCCGCCGUUGCCGGUGCCCAGCCUGCCCGCGGAGGAGCUGCUCGGCGGGGAGCCCUGCGGGAAGCGGAGCCCGAGCAGCAGCGCCGGCGCGGGAGAGCCGCCCGCGGAGCCCGACGCACCGCAGCUGGGCACAAACCCGUUAGUUAGCGGGUUGUCAAUUUUGGACUCCCAAAGGAAAUGUGACUGUGGCUCCACGAAUGGACAAGCGACAGAUUCCUUGUCCCCGGUGAAACAAGAGAAUCCCCCUUUUGGGGGCUAG